AUGAUUUCAAGCAAUACCCCUUCUCCCGACCGCAAGGUUGGGCGGUACGAUCCCAUCGGCCACAAUCCGCGGAACGACCGUGCUGGUGGUGGCCAGAGGUCGGAGGAUGAGCAGGACCUCCAAAACUUCAUCAAGAUCUCCUCCCGCGAGGAGCCAAAGCAUUAUGCUUCCAAGAUAGCCUGGAACGCCCGUGGUGACCGCCACAUGCCCCUCAUUGCCACUGGAGCCCCAGCCAUCAACAUCGCCAUCAAGGCUGUCGCCAUCGCUCGGAAGUACCUUGAGAAGGACGAGCUGGAGCUCAUGUGCCAGCCUGCCUUCCGGGACAGGAAGAUGGGAGCGUCCCUUGCCCUCUACCUCUCCUCCGUCCCCGCCGCUGAGCUCUCCGCCACCCUGAACUCCGAAUUUGGGGAGCUCACCGUCGGCAAGAACAGCAAGCCACAGACAGUCGCCGGAGCCAUCGCGGGCAGGGCUCGCGAUGGGACGGGGGUGGUGGUCACCAGCAUUGGACCGGACGCAGUGUGCAACGCAUGCGUGGCGACCUGCCACGCCCGGAUAUACCUCGAGGACGACAAGAUCGAUGUGCGGGCGAUCCCGAUCUUUGAGGAGGUGGAGAAGACGAGCGUCGACGGGUCCAUGCACACCAUGACGGCCCUGAAGCUGAAGGUCCUCAUUGAAGGGGUGCAGGACAGCUGA